CCGGGUACUAAAUGACUGGCCUCGGUGCUUCCUUAAAUCCCCAUUUCUGCAACCCUGCGGCUACUAACAUCCUGACCAUAGAGAUCGAAAUGUCAUGAAUGCCGACCUUAUUGACGCACUCACCUUCCAGACAAAAUGGCAUCAAGACUUGACAGACUAGUCACGAUUCUCGAGACGGGGAGUACGAGACUAAUUCGAGAUACUGCCGUCAACCAACUUGCCGAUUGGCAGAGGCAACACCCAGAUGAAUUAUUUAACCUCCUUUCCCGCGUUGUACCGUACUUGCGCCACAAAGAGUGGGAGACAAGGAGGACAGCUGCCUCGGCAAUUGGCAAAAUUGUAGAUAAUGCCCCUCUACACGACCCCAACGCCGACGAUGCUCCAAGUGAGCCUAAAAAGGAGGAGCCCGCCGGCGAAAAUGGCCACAUUAAAAAGGAGGAGGAGGAUGAGGAGGAGGAAGAGGAUAAAGACUCGGCUUCACCAGACGACGAUUUCUUUAAGCUUGAGUCUCUCGACGUCGAGAUGAUUCUUACGCACGGCCGAGAGUUGUUACGAGGCGGCGGAAUCGAAUACAGUCUUGCAUCACUGGAACCUCAAGCCCGCCUGGCGCAUCAGAAAAAGACACUCCUCGGGCGAUUGGGUCUUCUCGGGAGGAAGUUCGAGGACGAGGAGAUGCCCUUUUCUGGCGCUGAAGCCGCUCCCACGGCCCCCAUGGAUGCUAGCAAUGGCAAUGGUGUGAACCGAACUGAUGGCGCCGGCCAAAGCCAACCGUCUGAAGAGUCUCAGUUGAGCUCGAGACAGCUGAAUGUGCUGAAGCGAAAACGAAAACGAGAGGCCAUGAAGGCGUCACAGGGAAAAGCCAGUUUUGGCGAUCUUUCUGUCAGACGGUCAUUGACUUCGGGAUCCGAAAUCCUAGUCGACGACUCUCAAACCGCCGACGGAGAGGCCAAGAAGAACGGGAAAGUGAAUGACUACUUCAACCUCGACCGACCCGCCGACCUCGACGAGGACACCAAAGUGGUCAGCGAGUUCAAAGGUCCCGUCAUCCCCAUCAAGUCAGAACUUGAGGCCGAGGAUACUACUGAAGGCUCAGAGUGGCCCUACGAACGUCUGUGUGAUUUCCUCAAGGUGGAUAUAUUCGACCCGUCUUGGGAAACACGACACGGAGCCGCAAUGGGUCUGCGAGAGGUGAUACGUGUCCACGGUGGAAGUGCUGGAAGAAGACAUGGGAAAACCAGAGAAGAAAACGAUGCUCUCAAUCGGAAAUGGCUCGAUGACCUGGCAUGUCGCCUCAGCUGCGUCCUAAUGCUCGAUCGAUUUACCGACUACAGCUCUGACACAUCCGUGGCACCAAUUAGGGAAACCAUCGGCCAAUCCUUGGGCUCCGUUCUCAAACACCUUCCCUCGGUAUCGGUCUACAGCACCUACCAAAUUUUAUAUCGCAUGGUUAUGCAGGACGAUCUUAAGCUUGAUCGGCCAGUUUGGGCUGUUUGCCAUGGUGGCAUGGUCGGCCUGAGAUACGUGGUGGCAGUCCGGAAAGACUUGCUUCUGAAGGACGGCGAUAUGAUCGACGGUGUCAUUCGAGCUGUCAUGAAGGGCCUGGGUGACAUGGACGAUGAUGUUCGUUCAGUCAGUGCCGCCACAUUGAUACCGAUGGCCAAGGAGUUUGUGACGAUGCGACCAGAGAAGUUGGAUGGUCUUGUCAACAUCAUCUGGGAAAGUCUCUCCAACCUCGGUGACGAUCUCAGCGCAAGCACCGGUCGAAUCAUGGAUCUGCUUGCCACACUCUGCAGCUUCCCUGAGGUGUUGGAGGCAAUGAAGACAUCCGCAGCUCAGGACGAGGAGCGAUCCUUCACUCUCCUCGUACCUCGCCUAUACCCUUUCCUCCGACACACUAUUACAUCAGUUCGCCUGGCCGUUUUGAAGGCCCUUCUGACCUUUGCCAACCUUGGCGAUGACACAUCCCAGGGCUGGCUCAACGGCAGGAUCUUGAGGUUGAUCUUCCAAAACAUUCUAGUUGAGAGGGACAAGGACGCUCUAAACAUGUCUAUGGACUUAUGGGCGGCUUUGGUCGGCAGUCUGGCUAAGAACCCUGCUGUUCUUGCUGAUGAGUUCGCGGCACACAUAGAUCCAAUGAUGCAGCUUACGUUGCACCCUAUUGGAGUCUCGCGCAAUCCGAUCCCCAUGAACGCCACCCUCUUCCAGAAGCCAUCCGGCGGCACUUACACCAUGCCAGGAGUUGUUCAACACGUCCCCAGAAAGUUGUCCUCGCCCGAUGGUGCAGACCGAGCCCCGAAGCGCCGAAGAAAAUCGACCAAGGUUGACGAUGUGCCUACUAGUAGCCUGACCCAUGAUGUGGAUGGCCACAUGAUGCAAGGCGAUGUCGACCUCGUUGGCAUGGACGUGUUGAUCCGAUCCCGAGUAUCGGCGGCCAAGGCCAUGGGCCUGAUCAUGUCUGCUGUUCCAGUACCGAACCUCGACGACUACGACGCACUACUAGUCCCUGGACUUUCAUCCGCCUUCUCAUCCACUCAACUCACAGCUUGUGCCGUCAUCGAUGAGUACGCAAAGAACUGCGAGACUCCGGGCGAUUCUUCACGGUACCUCGAUAACCUGCAACGCAUGGUAGAGUCGGAACGUCCGGCAGCGUACAGGGAUCUGGUCAACUUUAUCCAGCGAGUCCGAACGCAAUGUCAGCAGCUGCUCCACUUCUUCCGAGAUCACGGGAAGGUGUCCCACAGCAGAUUGCCGACCCUUCCUGUGGUGGUUCAAGGAGAAGCCGAGGCCGGCCCUAGCGCAUUUUCGAUUGCUAUGGCUGAGAAAUGCGUUAGCGACGACUACGAGAAGCUGAAGAAAAUCAUGUCUCCAGGUCAACGUCUGAUUGCCAGCCAGCAACUUGCCGAGGCUCGCGAUGUGACGUUCCUGGCAAUUCAGGAGGCCAAGAGUGUCAAGGCGGCUAGAGAUGUCAGAAUCAAGGCGGCAGCCGCUUGUGCUAUGGUUGCAAUGAACAUUCUACCCAAGAAGCCUAGCCCUCUGAUCAAGGGUAUCAUGGAUUCCGUCAAAACAGAGGAGAGUCAGCUGCUGCAAAUCCGAUCUGCAGACACCAUCGCGAGAUUGGUGCAGCUGUUUACCAACAAGGGCCGGAGAGGCCCAGCUGACAAGGUUGUUUCAAACCUGGUCAAAUUCUCCUGCGUCGAGGUCGCAGAGACACCGGAGUUCCCUGUCCAUGCCACUAAGACUGACUGCGUUCUCUCGAUGCAAAAGGAGGAAGAUAGAGUUGACCAUGCCGAUGCUGCCAAAUGGGCCAAAGAGGCGAAAGCAGCUCGCAUCACCAGACGCGGUGCCAAGGAGGCGCUCGAGAUCCUCUCAAGAACCUAUGGGGCCAAACUGCUGGAGACGGUGCCUAGUUUGCGAACCUUCAUGGAAGCGCCCCUGGUCAAGGCAUUCUCAGACAGCCUCCCCGAGGAGGCCAAGGACCCCGAGCAGAACUUUGGACAGGAGAUUGUCGAUGCUAUGUCUGUCAUUCGGACUAUGACACCGACUCUUGACACGGCUCUGCACUCUUUCGUGAUGGAGAUGAUGCCCCUGGUUAUCAAAGCUCUCCACUCGGAACUUUCGGUCUUCCGCUACAUGGCAGCCAAGUGCCUUGCUACCAUUUGCAGUGUUAUCACCGUGGAUGGUAUGACUGCACUCGUCGAGAAGGUUCUGCCAUCAAUCAACAACCCCAUCGACCUCAGCUUCCGCCAGGGUGCCAUCGAGGCCAUCUACCACCUCAUCGCUGUCAUGGGCGAUUCCAUCCUCCCAUAUGUCAUUUUCCUCAUCGUGCCCGUGCUGGGACGGAUGAGCGAUUCCGACAACGAGAUUCGUCUCAUCGCUACAACAUCCUUUGCUACGCUCGUGAAGCUUGUACCUUUAGAAGCCGGCAUUCCCGACCCACCUGGUCUAUCCGAGGAGAUGUUCAAGGGCAGAGACCGCGAAAGAACCUUCAUCGCACAGCUGCUGGACCCUAAGAAGGUAGAGGCAUUCCAGAUCCCUGUGGCCAUCAAAGCCGAAUUGCGAUCGUACCAGCAAGAAGGUGUCAACUGGCUCCACUUCCUCAACAAAUAUCACCUCCACGGCAUCCUUUGUGAUGACAUGGGUCUUGGAAAGACGCUCCAGACUCUUUGCAUCGUUGCCAGUGAUCAUCAUCAACGUGCCGAGGAAUACGCCAAGACACAGUCCCCUGAUGCUCGAAGGUUACCGUCGCUCAUCGUUUGCCCACCGACACUCUCUGGGCAUUGGCAACAGGAGAUCAAGGCCUAUGCCCCAUUCUUGAGUGUGACCGCGUACGUGGGGCCGCCGAUCGAGAGAAAGAUGAUGAGAGAUAAGCUUGGAGAAACCGAUAUUGUCAUCACCUCUUACGAUGUGUGCCGCAAUGAUUCCGACAUCCUCGAUAAACAUAACUGGAAUUACGUCGUGUUGGAUGAAGGCCAUCUGAUCAAGAACCCCAAGGCCAAGAUCACGCAGGCGGUUAAGCGACUGGCUAGUAACCAUCGCCUUAUUCUCACCGGCACGCCAAUUCAAAACAACGUUCUUGAGUUGUGGUCUCUGUUCGACUUCCUCAUGCCUGGUUUCUUGGGCGCGGAGAAGGUCUUCUUGGAUCGGUUUGCCAAGCCAAUCGCGGCGAGUCGAUACAGCAAAGCGUCCUCCAAGGAGCAGGAAGCUGGUGCGCUCGCCAUUGAGGCCCUCCACAAGCAGGUUCUUCCCUUCCUGCUGCGUCGUCUCAAGGAGGAGGUGCUAAACGACCUCCCACCGAAGAUCCUGCAAAACUACUACUGCGAUCUGAGCGAUCUGCAGAAGAAGCUCUUCGAUGACUUUACUAAGAAACAGGGCAAGAAGAUCCAGGCCGAGGCUGGUCGCGAGGACAAGGAAUCCAAACAGCACAUCUUCCAAGCUCUGCAAUACAUGCGCAAGCUGUGCAACUCGCCUGCCAUGGUCAUGAAGCCUGGGAAUACCCUUUACGAGGAGACGCAGAAGAUUCUCCGGAAGCAAGGAACAUCUAUUGAUGAUCCCCGACAUGCACCGAAACUGACUGCCCUGAGAGAUCUUCUGGUGGACUGCGGUAUUGGCGUCGAGGGAGGAGACUCCAACGACCCCCUGUACCAACCCAUCAAACCUCAUCGCGCGCUCAUCUUCUGUCAGAUGAAGGAGAUGCUUGACAUGGUUCAGAACAAGGUCUUGAAGGAGCUGCUUCCUUCAGUAUCUCACCUGCGGCUUGAUGGUUCCGUCGAGGCCAACAAGAGACAGGAUAUUGUCAACAAGUUCAACAGUGACCCGUCGUAUGACGUCCUCUUGUUGACUACCAGCGUUGGUGGUCUUGGUCUCAACCUGACGGGAGCCGAUACCGUCAUCUUUGUGGAACAUGACUGGAAUCCUCAGAAGGAUCUGCAGGCCAUGGACCGAGCUCAUCGAAUCGGUCAGAAGAAGGUGGUGAACGUGUACCGACUCAUCACUCGUGGAACACUCGAGGAGAAGAUCUUGAGCCUCCAGCGAUUCAAGAUUGAUGUGGCGUCAACCGUCGUCAAUCAGCAAAACGCCGGUCUUUCGACAAUGGAUACGGACCAGAUCCUAGACUUGUUCAACCUGGGAGACUCUGGACCAAGCCUCAUAUCUGACAAGCCUCAAAAUAGCAUGGAAGGCAGAGAAGAGGACAUGGUGGACCUCGAAACAGGCGAUGUCGUCCAGCCUGGAAAGAAGGCAUGGCUGGACGACUUAGGAGAGUUGUGGGACAACAAGCAGUACGAGGAGAGUUUCGACCUCGACGACUUCAUGAAGACCAUGUCCUGAGUUGCUUAGAACUUAGCUGGACGAUAACGAUCCUACAUAUUUCUAAUUGGGCCACCGAGGAGACUGGGACGAGCAUGGUCUUGCUAGAGAAAAGGGUGUUUUGGGGCUCAUCAAUACCUAUUUGCCUGUAUCAUAGAACAUUAGCGAAGGAGUAUUACUGUUUGUAUCAAUGUCAAUGGGACCCGAGAAAGCGGAUCUACGGUUUUACACCAACCGAACCAA